AUGUAUAGAGACAGAGGAGGCGGUGGAUCGAGGCCGGAGAUGGGUCAAGUCGAUCGAAAGCGUAUCAACGAUGCCCUUGAUAAGCACUUGGAGCGAUCCUCACCGUCUACUUCUAGGGCUUUGAACGGAAAGGAGAAGGAUCGCUUGUCUGCUCAAUCCACGUUAUCUGGUGGCAAGCCACCUCCUGAUUUGGCCGAAACCAAAGGCUCCGAUGAGGAAUCUGAAACAGACAGUGAGGAGUCAGAUGUGAGUGGUUCAGAGGGGGAUGAUACAUCUUGGAUUGCAUGGUUCUGUAAUCUGCGUGGGAAUGAGUUCUUUUGUGAAGUUGAUGAUGAUUACAUUCAGGAUGAUUUUAACCUAUGUGGGUUAAGCAGCCAAGUUCCUUAUUAUGAUUAUGCGCUCGAUUUGAUACUGGAUGUUGAAUCCUCUCAUGGGGAUACUUUUACAGAGGAACAGAAUGAAUUAGUAGAAUCAGCAGCGGAGAUGCUUUAUGGCCUAAUUCAUGUGCGAUACAUACUAACAAGCAAAGGAAUGGCUGCGAUGCUUGAGAAGUACAAGAAUGCUGAGUUUGGACGUUGCCCAAGAGUGUAUUGCAGCGGACAACCCUGCCUCCCCUUUGGUCAAUCAGACAUCCCUCGGCAAAGUACUGUGAAAAUUUACUGUCCCAAGUGUGAAGAUAUAUAUAGCCCUCGAUCCAGAUACCAAAACAACAUUGAUGGUGCCUAUUUUGGAAGCACGUUUCCUAACCUGUUCUUGAUGACUUAUGGGCACCUCAAGCCACAAAGGGUGUCUCAAAGUUAUGUUCCAAGAGUGUUUGGCUUCAAGAUCCACAAGCCAUGAUGCUGGAGUUCCUAGCUGCCAUUGGGCCACCUGAUUGUGGUGGUGGGAGUUCCUUUCAUCGACUUUAUGUUGGUGAUUCGUGUCCUGUUUUGGGAGGUAAUGAUCUGACGAUGCAGUUUUGAGUUCAUAGUUCCCCCAAGCUAUCAUAUACUACUAAGGUUCACCUUUCACAAAUAUGAUGUGAGAAAGGUACUUUACGUUACAUGCUAAACUAUUUCAUCUUUUAGUCUUAGGUGCCUUUUUUCUACCUUUCAGUUGUAUUUUGUUCUUUCUUCCUUGAUCAAUAUGUAUUUUAACUCUGGCCGUUUGGUUUAGUUUCUCAUUGUGGUCAGUGGCACUUUGAUUUAGCCAUUCAAA